AUGGAUCCCAGUUCAGCGCUCGAACAAACGACACUCGAUGUCUCAAACCUGCAAUCAGAGUUCAAAUACAUUCUGGACGAGAUUGGAAAUGCAGACCUAAAGAUAUAUGACCAUCGCAAGCAGUAUCUGCAGCGGGACUCGCAGAUACAGAAACUUUACAAACAACAAGGCUGCGGACCUGAAAAAGCUCGCGAAACAGAGCUGUCCGACAAAAUAUGCCAGGAUUUGGCCGAAUGUCAAGCACUGCAAAAGAGCAAAUGUGUUUUGGCCAACACCGCGUUGUUUCUGGUCACCAAACAUCUUACGAAGCUGCAAGACACGAUAAAAACGCUAGAAGAAGAGGGCUCUUUGGCACCGCUGGAAAACGACGAAAAAGAGUCUGAAAGUGCCAACGAAAUCUCGCGCGAAAGUUCAGUGCUGUCAGGCACUGGUGAAGCACGCCGCCGCAAAAACGCGACUCCAGGGCCCCUCAAACGCAAACGCAAGAGCGAGGGCACUCCUGUGGGCCGCAACAAGGGAAGCUCGCCUAUGGCGGGCUCCACGGACCCCAAUUUCGACCUCCAAGAUUACAACGACGAUCUCUUUUCGGGCUACAACCAGGCAGAAGAGGACGACAAACAAUUAUAUUGUUUUUGCCAGAGUGUUUCUUACGGCGAGAUGGUGGCGUGCGAUGGGCCCAAUUGCAAAUUCGAGUGGUUUCACUACACAUGUGUCAAUUUGAAGGAACCUCCCAAAGGCUCCUGGUAUUGUCCCGAUUGCCGACAGGAACUUGCCAACAGCAGACUGAAAAAACGCAAACUGUAG